AUACAAAUCAUGAUAAAGUAAAUAGUAAUUUAGUAAUUUAUCAUGAUACAAAUAAUCUUAUAGACCAUGCAUUUAAAUAUAAGACUGAAAUCAUGUACAUUGUUUUUACGAAUCACGACUCGACUGUAAUAGUAUAAUCACGGUAUAGAUUAAAUCACGAUUAUAAUAUCUAGAUCAAAUAGUUAUGUCUAUAAUUAUAAAAAUUACCCGUGUACUUCAAAUAAAAGAUAACUUCAUUUACACAAGUCAGUUUGUUUAUGUUCAUUCACGUAUCAUACGACAUUAAUAACGAGGUAUUUUCUAUAAUUUUUAUGAAGAAACUUCAUCUAUAAACGAUUGAAAUUAGAAGUACAGAUUAACUGUGAUACAAAUCGGUUUAUUUUAAAAGUAUAAAAUCAUUUUGUAUUUUAUUUAAAAUUUUCAUAUAUUCAGAUAGUUUAUGCAUCAAUUUUUCCGAAACUACACAUUAUAUUUUAAUUGUUGAAUCAUUGUGAGUUAAUAGCAAUGUCUUCGAAAAGUUCUAAGAAAUUUGAAUGUGAUGAGUGUAUGAAAACUUUCUCAAAGAAAAACAAUUUGAAUGAUCAUAUUUUGGCCAAACAUUCCAACGUAGAGAAGUAUGUGUGUUCAAUUUGUAAAAAAUCGUUUUCUUAUAAGCAAUCAUUUAACCGGCAUAUGAAUGUACACAAAGUAGCAAUUUCUGUGUACUCAUGUUCUGAAUGUGGCUACAGUUCACGGUUAAAAUUCAUGUUAACUCGACAUAUUAAAAGUGUUCAUCUGAAUGUAAACAAUAGUAUUUUAAAUGUAUCAUGUGUGUUUUGCAAUCAACAUUGCUCCAAAAAUAAUUUAUCUACACAUUAUGUACUUUGCCAUCAAACUGAAAUAGUUAGCGAAAAGUUAAAGUUUGAUAGUUUAGAUGCAUUUUAUGCAUGGAAGUAUGAAGUUGAAGAUCAAGAUAUUAGUAGGUUUGUUAAAGCUCGCACAACUUAUGUCGGUGUAUCUGGUUCAAAGCAUUUGUUUUUUAAAUGCCAUCGUGAUGGAAAAUAUAAACCCAAAGGCAAAAAUAUUAGAAAGCUAAAAUCACUAGGUACGAAUAAAAUUGGUUCUCAUUGUCCAGCUAGAAUGGAUGUUAUGGUUGAAGGUAAUGAAGUAAAUGUUAUGUAUAUCAAAACACAUGUUGGUCAUGAUUUAGAACCAAAGCGAUUAACUUUAGCUAAAACUGAAAAAGAUUUCCUUGCCAAACAAUUAGUAAUGCCCAAUACUAAUUAUGAAGAUAUUUUAAAUGUCGCAAAAACCUUAGAUUCAUCUAGUCGUUUACAUCAUUUAACCAAAAAAGAUUUAGUUACAAUUAAAAGUUCUUUAAAAGAAACAACAAAAAAAAUUAAUAUUAAAAUACCUGAAAAUAAUGAUAAACCAAAUGACUCCUUAGAAAUAAACAAUGUUUUUGAUGGUGAUUUAGUAGCUCUGUUUGACGUUCAAAAUCAUGAAAAGUCAUCACUUAUUUUAAAUUCAACAAAUGAUGAUUUAGAAUCAAAAUCUGUAAAACAAGAUCUUGUUAGUAUUAGUGAUACCUUGCUAACUUCAAAUCAUGUUGAAGAAAAAAAUAGUUUUACUAAUAAACUUGAAAAUAUGUAUGAAUUAAAUAAUUUGAAUGUUGAACAACAAAUAAUAGAAUCAAAUGAGCAAAUACCAAUUUUAGAAUUUAACCCUCAUAUGUUAGAUAGUAAUCAAGUGUUAGAUUACCAACAAGAAUUGACAAUUAUUGAAAAUGAAAGACUGAGUAUAAUGGAGAAAAUGAAGUUGAUAGUAAAUCAAAUUACUUGCAAUGAUGAAUUUGCCAUAAUACAUCAAGGUUUGAUGAAUAUAAUGAGUUCAAUUGAUGAAAGAAGGAAUGCAAUCAAUCAAGCAGUACUUAAUGGAGAUUUAGAUAAUAUAGUAAUAUUUGAUGAAAGUAUUUUACAAAAAUAAAAUGUUCCAUUUUCCUUUGCUUGUUGUUUCAUGUCAUUUGGUGUUCAAAUUUUGUGCAUCAUUAAUUUGCCGUUAUGUAUACCAUAAA